GUUGCCGGAGCGCGGCACCAUGUGGGGAGGGCUGCAGCCUCAGCUCGGCGCCGGCCCUCGCGGCUACAGGGCGGGCUCAGACUAUUCCUCUGUGGGAUGGUUACCUGGUACUGAUUCCCUGUGGCAGCCCGCAACCAUUGCGUCAAGCAGUCAAAACAAUCCUGUCAGAAGACACAGUAUAGCUUCCGACAGCGGGGACACUGGGAUUGGUACCUCCUGUUCUGAUAGUGUGGAAGAUCAUUCAACUUCAAGUGGUACCUCCUCGUUUAAGCCCAGCCGAUCACUGGUUUCUAUUCCCACUGCCCAUGUGAUGCCGUCUAAUGCCAGCUCUUCACUUUCCAAACACAGGGAAGCUUUCAAGUCUGAUGGCUCUAAAUGGAGUACAAGCUUUGUACGGUCAGGAGGAGGCAGAAAUCCAGAUGCCCUAGACAAUUCUCUUGACAUGAAAACCGCAAGACCUGUAAGAAAAUGGUCCUCCUUGUCUAAGCUCAGCUCACCAAACACCUUCAGCCAGGAUGGCAGUAGUCAUUCCGUGGACUCCAGAGCUGGUACAGACAAAGCUGUGUCACCACCAUUAAGGACAAAUGGGCCAAACUGUUUGCAUGACAGCAUGGAGUUGCUAAAAAUUGAGGACAAGGAAAUAGGGAAAAAACGGUCUUCUCUACUGGACUGCAAGUACAAAUUUGAAACGUGCAACAAAGAUGAUUUUGUUUCAGAUUCCUCGAGUAGGAGACAUGCCUUAGACUUGAACUACAGUGCCUUACCCGAAAGCAAACCUGUGGCAGCCAGUUGUGAAGCUUUUGGACAGAGAUAUGCAACCUUGGGACAACAGGCUGUGAGUGGAGCUCCCAUACAGCCAGCAGUGAGGACUCAAAUGUGGCUUAAAGAACAGUUACGGGCAAAUCCCCUGGACUGCAGGACUGCAGAAGAGCCCUAUGGUGUAGCUGCAUGGCACCUACAGCAGCUUGAAGACUUCAGGCCGGGAAGUGAAGACCCUGUGCAGGUUCCGACUGGAACAUCUCGUCAGAGUUACCCAGCUACCACAUAUCAGGACUUCAGCAACUGGGAAUCUCUAAUGAAAAUUAAAGAGGGGCUGCUAAGACAGAAAGAGAUUGUGAUCGAUCGGCAAAAGCAGCAGAUUAACAAUUUACAUCAGAAAAUCAGAGAGAAUGAAUUACGAGCUCAACAUGCAAGACUGAGCCACCUUGUGAACUGCGAAGAACCAUACAUGACUAAUUUGCAGCAACCACAGUAUGAGAGUGCAUCACUGCAACCUCACGUUUCAGAAAGAUCAGCACCCCACCUUGAGGAGCUUGAGAGAAAGAUUGCAGUGGCUGAGAAUAAGGAGUUACAACUCAGUGAAUUUCUAAAGCAGAUUUCAAACAAAUCUAGCGAGGAGAAAAAGAAGAUGGAAGAAAAACUUAAAACUAGAGACCGCUAUAUUAACAGCCUGAAAAAGAAAUGCCAGAAGGAGUCAGAGCAAAACAAAGAAAAGCAGAGACGGAUUGAAACCUUAGAAAAAUACCUGGCUGACCUACCAACACUGGAUGAUAUAGAAGGUCAGACUAAACGGCUGCAAAUUCUAGAGGAGAAGAACAAGCAACUUCAAGAAACUAUGACUGAGUUGGAGAAGAAACUUGGAGAGGCUCGAUCUCAGUGUAGAGAGAGAGAAAUGCAACUGGUGUGUCAGAAGAAAAAAGAAAAAGAGCUGGUUACGACAGUGCAGAGCUUGCAGCAGAAAGUAGAAAAGUGCCUGGAAGAUGGUAUUCGCCUUCCAAUGUUGGACACAAAGCAGCUUCAGAAUGAGAAUGAAUGUCUCAAAGAAAAGAACGAGAAAGCCAGUAAGGUCAUAGACAAUCAACAAAAACAGAUAGAGGGACUCAUUUUAGAUAUCCAGUCUGUGCAAGAGAAGCUUUUGCAAGAAAAGAGGACAGUUCUGAAGAUGACAAAUGAACUUGAAGAAAAAGAAAAAAAUAUAGAAGAGUUAAAUAAAACCUUCUCUGAAAACCAAAGACUGACAGAAGAAAAUGCUUCUCUGAAAGAGCAGAUACGGCAGGUGGAACAGUCCCGACAACCAGUGUCUGAAAAAAUGCCUGUAGCAGACCAGUUGUUCAAGGAGAUGUCCCACUGCUUGUUUGAGUUGAAAGCUUUGUGCAGUAUUCUUACCCAGAGAGCUCAAGGCAAGGAACCUAACCUUUCUCUACUGCUGGGAAUCAGAUCACUGAGCUGCUCAGCUGAAGAGAAUGAAAAUUAUCACAGCACAGAGACUCUCUCGAAGAAGCUCUCAGACGUUUGUCAGUUACGAAAGGAUAUUGAUGAAUUAAGGACGAUAAUAUCAGACCGUUAUGCUCAGGACAUGGGGGACAAUUGCAUCACUCAAUGACAACAUUUCAUCCAGUAGCAAAUGACUUAUUAAAUGCUGCUGUGUCACAGGUCUUUGCAUUUCUAUUAAGGAGCCAUAUUAGAAGAUAGCAACCACUGCACAUGCCUCUCUGUGAGGAUCAUGCAUAUGUAAUCUUCGGAACUGGGUGGGGAAGGGAGAGACAUGGUUUGAACAGAGUGGUACAAACUUCAAGAAAUCUUUCUUUUCUCCAAACUACUGAACUUAAGAACAAGCUGUGAAGAAUUUUUCAGUUGGAUUCUGUUUCCUUCAUUGGGUUUCCUUUUAUUGCUUCAACUAGUUUCUGGAAUUGGAGCUUUGGAACAGCCGUGCUGCUACUACUCUCAGUCCUUUCCUCCUUCAAGGGUUUGUGUGGCAUUACCUGUGUCCUGAAGUCAGUGCAGAGAGUCAAAUGACCUUUGACUGUAUGUGGUGAAGUUGGGGGCUUCUGAAACUUCACUUAGCUGUAGGAACUGCAGUCGGAACAGUCUCAGAACGCUGCAAACAGUAAAUGCUUUUCAAGUUGCCUGAAGAAUUUGCUACAGGAAGUAUCUUGCUUUUAGGAAUGAAUGUUAGCUUGUUUGCUGAAGAAUGGAAGAAAACCAACUUUCAAUUCCUUUAUGCACAUGAAUCCCAUAAGAUUUAAGCAUUAUCAUAUUGCUUUGAGGAAUUUCAGUAACAUCAAGUCUGUGACAAGCCCAGAGAAAAUGGGAGGCAUGAAACUGCAGGGUAGUAUAUGGCUGUCCAAAAAGAAUAGACUGUAUUUUAGUGUUCAUACCAUAAUAUUUUUUGUUUAUGUCACCUCCAUUUCAAAAUGUGGCUUCUCUGUAUCUGUAUCCUUGGAGACCUCUGAUGAGGUUGUAAACAACCUCAACCAUUCUUUACUGCAGCUACAAAAUGAGUGUUAGGCAUUUGGCAAAGUCAGGGCUCAAAACAGAAUGUCUCCGCUUACCAGUAUUAAAUUCUCAGUUAUGCAAGGACUGCAAAAUUUUCCACGUUGUUUGGUUAUUCUUGAUCUCUCCUUUCUUGCAGGAAGAGGUUACCUUAAAAAUAAGAUCAUAUUCCAUAGUUUGUUCCAUGAGCAUCACUUGGCUGUGCUACUUCACUCCCGUGGGCAGAUAAAAUAUUAACACUUCCACUUUCCUGGAUCAGUAUUGAAAGUUAUCUGAACAGUUGUGUGUGGUGUAAGAUGGUAAUUAACUGCAGGUAACGAAAACGAAAAUAUAUGACCUUCGGUCAUACAUGUGAAUUAAAGUUUCAAGUGGCCAGUGUGCAAGUCAGUCUGCUGAUCUGUAUCAUGGAUAACAGCAGAAAUCACUUAGCAUAGAGGUUAGAAUUGUGUAAGUUCUAGGGUGACAUUUUUAUAGCAACAGUUUUCUGAUGACAUCUAUUUUAACAGAAGAAAAAAUGGUUAUAACAAUGUAGGCUGGAUUUACAAAUUUUAACUUGGUGUUUUGUUUUCUGUUCAUUGUUAUGCAGUUACUGUUAACGUGUUUAUAAUUUAGUGUUGAUUUUUUUUGUUGUUUUGGGUUUUUUUUCUUUGCUAUAAUGACUAAUUUAUUUGACGGUUUUCUCUAUCAUGAACCUACACAUGGACUAAUCUGUGAAAAAUUAUGUUGCAGUGUAUACUGUUGCUACACAGUAUUUUCAGAUAGAGAUUAAUCUGACUGGCCCAGCUCCGGUGGGCACUAAAACAUCCAGAUUAAAUCUCAAGAGAAAUUGCGUGGUAUCUCAGCUCGAAGGUUGAAGGAAAAAAAAAAAAGAAGGCCAUUUUAUUUUAAUUUGUUGAAUGCUGUUCUUUCAGUAGUUUUGAAAGUGUACUGUUACACUAGUGCAAAACUGAAAUCAAGGAUCUUUGCACUAAUUUUCCUGUGUCUCUUGAUGCAAAAGCAUUGGGUUUUUUUAUUAGGGACACACCUUGUUCCUUUGGUGUAGUGCAGUGGUUUUGGCCCUGCAGUGAAGGAACAGUCCCCAGUCUAUGACUUCUGUCUGCUAUCAGAAAUUCAGCAACAGCGUUUCUAGAAACAUUAUGUGACAGUGAGCACCAACAUAGCACACUGUUACUUCCUUAGAUGGAAAUGCUGUAGCUAUAGAAAUGACUGAGCAACACAUUUUUCUAAAUUUUGUGGAAAUAGAGCAUUUAAUAGAGAAUUAGCUAGCAACAGGAGAUGUUUGAAGUCUGUUUGUCCUGUUGUGUUGUUGCUUGACUGGUGUGGCUCCACUGUCUUACUUGCUGAAUGUACUGCAGAGUUGAGAUCAGUAAUUUAAUAUUUGCAAAGCACUUCAGGAGCUGUAAUGCUCUGUAAGUAUUAGUUGAAAGUCCCUCAGGAAGGAGGUCCCGUUGUAUUUGUAAUACUUUGUUUGCAAUGCUGUAAUCUUGCAUUUUAAUAUUUUUUUUUAGGGAACCCGUGAUAUUUAUGUUGACUUUAAGGCACUUGGUUGUUGUUUUGUUGUUGUUGUUUUGUUUUAAAUAUAUAUAUCAAUUGAGUUUACCUGCCUCGGUCAGAUUAAAAUAGGGCUGUAAAUGGUGGAUGGUUGAGCCAAAGAUGCAGGCUACCAACUGAAUAUCUAAACUGAUACUGUAUUUUGCUUUGGUUUCUUGAAAUUGGGCCUGUUGUAGUAGUAGCAGUUACUAUAUAUGCAUCACUUUAGAGAUGCCUCUAAAUGGAAUAAGCUUUGUCUAUGAUAUGCAUGACUGAUUAAUUGGUUAAAAUGUAGUGUGUGUGAAUCUCAUUCAGCAUAUUUAAUACACAGUUGAUUAAUGAAUGUUAACAUUGGAAUUGCUUGGAUUUAGUCAUGACAACUUUUUGCUGUGGCUGUUAGACAAUCUCAAGGGCUGAAAAAGAACUGCUAAUGAAUGGAUACUGUACUGUUCUGUUUGUCAGCAAAUUUGUACAGUAAUUUUUUGUAUAGUUUCAGAUUGAAUUUGUACAAUUCUUUUAGAAGGUAUUUACAGUAACUACUGUAUUCAAGAAUGUAUUUUGAAAAAAGACUUGGAAAGUCUUGGGACAGGCUAUAGAUGAUGCUGUUUAUUUGCUAUGUAGAAGUCAUGCAGCUCAACUGUGUAAACAUGAUUUAGGUUCCUAGCCCCAGUUCUGUCACUGUAGGGUGCGAUAAUUCUGUGAAAUUGCCGACACUGCUGCCACCACCCACCCAGACUUCAACAUUUGAAGCUGCUGGUGGCUCUGAGGUAAUGGCAGGAGCUGAAGUUUUGUCCUUUUCACUUCAAGAUGUUUCUUCCCUUCCUUUGCCCUCACUGCCUGCUUCUUGUAGCACAUGUUCUUCUGGCAAGGUAAGAGCACAAGGAAAGAAAGAAAAUCCUUCCUCUGUGACCCACUUCCCUAGCACUUGUUCCUUUCACUGGUGUUACGUAGGAGAUGCAGAUGUCAUUGGGCUCUUCCCAUUGGUGUAACGAGUUCUGUCAGGAGAGAGGAGAAGACCUGAAUUAAUCCACUUCUGUUGGCUCAAACCAGUCAGUGGUUAUUAGUGAAAGGGAUGAUUUAUUCUAGUAGCUCCUUAGCAAUAUUAAUUCCACAGCUGCAUACCUUUGUGCCUUUUUAUGCCUGAAGUUAAGUAGAAAUUCCCUUUGAACUUUAGAUGAGUUGUUAGAAUGCUGACGACUGCACCUUGUUUUCCUCUUAUCUGCCAAUAUUUUGUUGGGCUUUUGUAGUAAGAACUCUGCAUAAUAUCUAGAAACAUAAGUGCUGACAACAGGUACUAGGUGUGCGCUCGGAAUGUUAGCCUGCUUGUAGUAUGCAGCUCUCUAUGAAGCGUGAGCAGGAAACUCAAAGCAUAAUGUGAUUCUUUUGUGUGUGUUAAUUGCAGUAUAUCAUUAGUGCAGUGGGGAGGAGUGUCUGGAGCUAUCUGUUAAAAGCACAGCUGACAUAUGUACUAGAUCAGUCCCCAAAGACUGGUAGUUGUGUAAAUUGGGUUCAAUUUUUGAACCGCUCAGAAUACCUCAUAUGUAAAUAGAGUUGUCAUGACUUAAUCAAAAUGUGUUUGUUGUAAAAAGUAAAGGAGCCACUGGCUGGCUCAGCUUUAGGCUUGUUGUUCUUGCCUCAUUUUGUAAUUUUUUUAAAGUAGGGUUUACAGCUAGAAUUUUGAAUGCCAAAGUUCUAUUUAUUAAAUAAUAAUAAAAGUUUUCAUUGUUAAUGACUGGUAUUUUUUCACUGGAAUUUGUUUGUUGAUGUUUGGGAUUUGUAUCC